UGAUCAAGCAUCCAAGUAUACGCAGCAAAACACAAUCCAAAGCGUGUUCAUCCAAUCAUUCUCUGUUCCGCUCUCUCACCCCAGCGAGAUGGCCGGAUCAGGAGACGAGCUGAUGCUGCUCGGCAAAUGGCCAAGCCCAUUCGUCACCAGGGUUGAGCUCGCGCUCGGCCUCAAGGGCCUCAGCUACGAGUACGUCAAGCAGGACCUCGUCAACAAGAGCGAGCUCCUCCUCGCCUCCAACCCGGUGCACAAGAAGAUCCCCGUGCUCAUCCACAACGGCAAGCCGGUCUGCGAGUCGUCAAUCAUCGUGCAGUACAUCGACGAGGCCUUCCCCGACGCCGGCGCCGGCGCCGCCCUGCUCCCCGCCGACCCCUACGAGCGCGCCGUCGCUCGCUUCUGGGUCGCCUACGUCGACGACAAGUUCGUUCCGGCAUGGGUGGCGACGUUCAGAGGCAAGACGGAGGAGGAGAAGGCGGAGGGGAUGAAGCAACUGCUCGCGGCGGUGGAGACGCUGGAGGGAGCCCUGAAGGAUUGCUCCAAGGGGAAGCCCUUCUUCGGCGGCGACACAGUCGGGAUCGUGGACGUCGCGCUUGGUGGCCUCAUCUCGUGGGUGAAAGCGACCGAGGUGCUCGCUGGCUCCAAGAUCUUCGACGAGGAGAAGGCCCCUCUUUUGGCCGCGUGGGCGCAGCGCUUCGGCGAGCUCGACGUCGCCGAGAAGGUGUUGCCGGAUGUCGACGGGGUGGUCGAGUUCGCUAAGAUGAGGCUGGCAGAGGCAGCUGCGGCUGCCGCGGCGGCUUCAAAAAACCUAGCAAAAGACAACUCAAGCCAAAACCAUCUCAGAGCUUCAGAGAGGAAGACAAUGGCCGGUGGAGGAGAUGAGCUGAAGCUGCUGGGGAUGUGGGCGAGCCCGUUCGCGCUGCGAGCGAAGCUCGCGCUCAGCUUCAAGGGCCUGAGCUACGAGUACGUCGAGGAGGAUCUCAAGAACAAGAGCGAGCUGCUUCUCACCUCCAACCCGGUGCACAAGAAGGUACCCGUGCUCAUCCACAACGGCAAGCCCGUCUGCGAGUCGCAGGUCAUCGUGCAGUACAUCGACGAGGCGUUCCCCGACGCCGGCGUUCCUCUCCUCCCAUCCGACCCCUACGACCGUGCCGUCGCUCGCUUCUGGGCCGCCUACAUCGACGACAAGCUGUUGAAGUCAUGGCUGCAGGCGUCGAUGUGCAAGACGGAGCAGGAGAAGGCGGCGGCGAUGAAGGAGACGUUCGCGGCGGUGGCGAACCUGGAGGCGGCGUUCAAGGAGUGCUCCAAGGGGAAGCCCUUCUUCGGCGGCGACGCCGUCGGGUACGUGGACGUCACGCUCGGCGCCGUGAUCGGGUUUGUGCGCGUCGGUGAAGCCGUGCACGGGAUGAGGCUGUUCGAUGCGAGCCGGAGCCCGCUCCUUGACGCGUGGCUGGACCGCUUCGCCGCGCUGGACGCUGCCAAGGCGGUGUUGCCGGACACCGGUAGGCUGGCCGAGUACGCCAAGAUGAAGCAGGCAGAGUGGGCAGCAGCUGCCACCAACUGAGCCAGCAUGGCCACGUCUGGUACUCUCGUGGGGAGAUGAAGUUGGUGUUGGUGUGCCACCCGUACCGUACGUAGCUAGUCCUGUCACACGAUGUGACGACUGUGUGAACUUUGCUACUAUACGCAAUAAAAUUGUGAAGUCGUUAAGUUUUCGUAAGUACACACCGGCAACGUGUAAUGGAAUUAUCUCUACUGGUCGUCCUCCUUAA